GCCGGCCAUCUGCCUCCAGCGACAGCGUGAGGGGACAUGGCCCCGUGGGGGCCCCGGGGAUGUGGGGCGCUGGUGUCGCUGCUGCUGCUGCUGCUGCUGCUGCUCCCACAGGCAACACUGGUCCUGGCUGUGAAUACUUAAGGACCUGAGGCCAGUCCCAAAUACCCUCAGCCAGAAGGAAAAGUACCAGUAGAUCCCACCUGCCCCACGCCCAUGUCGGUGGCCCAUGCGGACAUCCAGGUCAAGAACUACCACUUGCACGCCCGGGAGCGCUACACCUGCAAAUCAGGCUUCAAACGCAAAGCCGGCACAUCCAGCCUGACCCAGUGCGUGCUGAACCAGACCACCAACAUGGCCCACUGGACGCCCCCCAACCUCCAGUGCAUCAGGGACCCUUCCCUGAGUCACCAAAGGCCCCCCUCCACCGUGGUGCCCACAGGGGCUGGGAUGCCUUCCCCUUCUGGAAAAGAGCCAGCUUCCACUUCCAAGACAGGCAACACUGCAGCCACAAGGCCAACUCCUCCCGCAGGCACCGAAGGGUGGUACAUACAUGGGUCCUCCCCAUCCCUGUCCCAGACCACAGCCAAGGCCUCGGAGCACUCUCCCUCCAAUCCGACAGGUACAGCUUCUUACAGCACCACCAGCAGAAACGUCACUGGCAGAGACCCCCAGUUCGCAGCACUGAGAUGGAAAGCACGGAGGCUGUGCCCAUGGCGGGUGACAGCGGCAGGGAGGGGGAGACAAGCGAACCAGAAGACUUCCCAGGAGCCCCAGGGCCAGUGGAGGCGCUGGAAGGCCUGCAGGUCCUGGAGCAGCCUGCAGGGGGCGCCCCAGGAUGGCCGUCCAGGUGACAGGCCCGCCACCUCUCUCAGAUGCAAGCCCAGCCCCACAUGCACAAAGACCAGUCCACAAGCCGCAGCUUUCCGCCAAGGGUCUGGUGAGAUGGUGCUUGUCGCUUGGGACAACCAGCUCCUAGGCUCCAUCUGCCGCCUUCCUUUAGCCGGCUGGCAGCCCACAGAACAGGGCAAGAAGUGUGAGGACUUCAGCUUCAGGGUGCGGCGAGGAGGACUGACCCUGUGCGUAGGAACCGGGACCGAGGUCUCCGUGCCUCUCGCAGCUACCUGUUACCUACAGUUUGUAUUCAGAAAUGGUACCUUGUAUAAGCCCAAUAAAGUCUCUAUUUUCCAUAGCAAGAGAGAAGAGCAUUGGAUGAGAACUGUUCCGCAGAGAGAGACUGCCAAGCAUGGAGUCCCGUGUGGCGGAGAGGGGGAGAGACCGAGGGUGCCUGCACACGCUCUUCCCUGCACUGAGCUUUGUUCCUUCUUGGCUGUGUAUGACACUAUAUAUCUAUUUAUUUAGUAUUGGAUAGAGACAGAGAGAGAUCGGGAGGGGAGGGGAAGCUAGAGAGGAGAGACAGAGAGACACCGGCAGCCCUGCGUCACCACUUGUGAAGCUUCCCCCGACCCCUGCAGGUGGGGACCAGGGGCUUGAACCCAGGUCCUUGUACAUUAUAAUGUGAGCACUUAGCCAACUGUGCCACAGCCUGGCCCCUGCACGACACGUCUUUUAUCCAGCCGUGGGUCUAGGGCCAGGAAGAGAGCUCAGUGGGUAGAGCAGGUGUCUCGGCCCGUGGUAACGUGCGUGCUGCCUCCUGGACCAUCUCGCCAGCGGCUCACUUUCCCCUUUCUAAACCCUCUCUGGACAUUAAGAAGUAAAACGGGGAUCAGAAAAGACACAUGGCAGGCUCCAUGUGUCUAGUGGCCCAACGCAUUUUCUUCAAGGGUCUCUUGCCAUGGACUGAGACACCUGUACCCUGCUCUCGGGAACCCAACAAGAGAAUACAGACAUGAGUUUCUCUGCCACUGCCCCAACCUGCCACCUGAGCUCUCUUGGACAGGAUCUCUAGGGGUGUGUGUGUGUGUGUGUGUGUGUCCGUCCUCCUUCUCGCCCCACUGUGAGGGAACAGAGAAGGCAAGUCCCCACCAAAGCCACGUCUUGUGGCACCUUGACCUUGGGACACCCAGCCCCCAGAGCCAAGGACAUUACAGCUCUGUUGUGGACAAGAACUUCAGUCUCGGCUUGUAUCGCAGGCAGAUUAGACAGCCCACACGGCCCACAUGAUGGAGGACACUGCCCAGGUACACAGGCAGGCAGAGACGUGGGGUGUAGCUUUUCAGCAGACUCUCUUGCGGUCCUGGUUUAGUCCCACUGCUGCCCCGGCUUGGUAAGAGCCUGCUGGGGUCGGUGCCCCCAAGCUCUGGGCAGUGCCUGGGUCUCCAGUUGUUCAACCCUCAGCGAAGCCGAGCCGAUAGCUGAGCACAGGGAGCUCCCCUUCUCGUGGUCUCUUGUCAUUAGGUGCUGAGGACGGCCUUUCUGAGACCGCCACACUCAGGGGCAGCCCGAGAUCAUCUGAACCCACCACCACUGCCGUCGGGAAACUAACUCGUCUGCCGGGAGUCCUGGGCCUGCUCCUCAGGGCCCAUCUCACCCUUGAUAAGUCUGUAGUGGGCUCACAGAGACCCUCCAGCCAAGCUACCGGGACGAAUGCUCACAGCCUGAACAUCCUCGAGGCUUCGUGUCCCUCACGUGGCCGUG